UUAGCAGCAAACAGCAGCUGCAGAUAAAAAUAGAAGGUGAUAAACAACUAGGAUCUUCAGUUAAACACAGAAGUCACUCUCCAUGACGGCAAGGAGUCCACAGCAACAAUGAAGUCUCUCCGAUUCAUUAGUGCCGAAGCAUUCGUGUCAAAUGCAGAGUUUGCCAGGAAGAGUCUCGGCAGUGUUGCCCAUAAUCUUUUUCCUCUUCUUUUUAAAGCCAGCUAUUUACUGGAGCAAGGGGAAGUGAUUCAUGACUUGGUAGAGAACUGGCCAUUUGUUGACUUUAACAUGGGAAAACUUUUGGGAACUACUGUGGACUACCAGGAAGACCUGAGCCAUAGAACAUGUUCAGUGUGCUUGGAAAGCUGUCUGACAGGGCUGAGAGACUAUGUGCUGAAUCAUCCUUCUCCCUACGUGAAAAGGUUGAAAGUGGUUGACCUGACGGGUAUAAAAGAUGUUGAAGUUCAGUUUUGUGAGUGUAAGAAGACAAUGGGCAGAUGGGCCAGGACACAGCUGCUCUCUAAGCUUUGUGUAGAACUGCUGGUUUACCUCCAACAAAGACCCUGCAAUCCAGGUAUCUUUGAAAUCAGUAUUGAUGUGCUAAUUGAUCUGUUUGUUACUGAGCGUAACUAUGAGCUGGUAGUGCAGGCCCUGUUGAAGAAAUGCUAUUGUCCACUGAAGAUCUGCUGUGUGGCAUUAAGAUCUGACAGCCUGGCUUUGCAGAAAUUCUUCUAUAUCACAAAGCUCAUUGAUCCCUCUCUGUUGCGCAAACUGGAAAUAGUUCACAAUGUUCGUUUAGAAAUGGAACACUUGGAAAUGCUCUUCAACAGUAUCCACUUCCCUCUAUUGAUGUCCUUGACCUUGCCAGCACGAACAUUUAAUGUGCGGAGGUUUACAGCUACAGAUGAACGGAUGCUUACUAACAUUGGAGAAAAGAUGGGCAAAAUGACGCAGCUGACCGAGCUGAGUAUGUCAUUUUCUAUACUCACAGGAAGAAUACAGAAACUGCUCAGCCCACUAAAGACUCCACUGAAGAUGCUGGAUGUUUCUAACUGCUCAUUGAACCAUGCUGAUAUGGCCUAUUUAGCCAAUAGCUUCCAUGCUAAUCACUUAGAAGCCCUGGACCUGAGUGGUCACAAUAUACCUGACCUUUACCCAUCAACAUUCUUUAAGCUUCUCAGCCAUUCCUCUUCAGUGCUCAGGAGUCUUACCUUGGAGGACUGUAACAUCCAAGACACUCAUGUCAACAUGUUGAUUUUAAGUUUAAGCCCUUGUCAGAAACUACAGGAGUUUAGGUUUCUUGGAAACCCGCUGUCAUCCCAAGCACUUAAACACCUUUUCACAUUUCUCUGUGAGUUGCCAAUGCUGAAAAACGUGGAGUUCCCAGUUCCAAGGGACUGCUACCCCAUUGGCAUCACCUACCCAAUUGAUGAUGCCUGUCUCUGCAGAUUUGAUCACCAAAAAUAUGAAAGUGUAGCAGAGGAACUUAACCUUAUUUUACUCCAAGCAAAUAGGGAGGAUGUGAAGGCUUCAACUCCACUCUUUGGCAGUUACGAUGCAGCUGUUCAGGAGACGAACAAUGAACUGGGAGCUUACUUGAUGAAGUCCUUCAAAGAAACUUUAGAAAAGUUCACUACUUCUCUUAACAAAAUGAGUUAAAGGUGUAACAUAGUGGUGAUGAUAUGCUCUGUCAAAUCAUAAGUUAAUCUAGUCUUUUCUAGAACUGAGCCUUCAUUGAUCAGUCUUGAGAUUUCUUUAACUUCUCAGCUGAAUUUACUUCUGUUUGAAUAAGCUCUGAUCAUCUGAGGCAUUUUAACUGUGCUGUAUCUAUUGCAUACACCUUACAUAAGCACUACUUGCUCUCAAAAGAGGGGAGGACCCUUAAUAGCUUAUUAUUUUACACAAAAGCGCCUUGUUUCUCAGUAAAUCAACAGGUGUUCAAGCUUGGCUGAUUCCUUAUACAGUUUCCUCUGGAUUUGGCAGUGAGGCUUGUAGCCCUACAGAAAAGACAGGAAAGUCCUUUUCCAAGUCCAGCAGGAUGUCUCAAAGACUGUGUGCCUAUCCUCACCUAUGGCUCCCAAAACCAAUUUUGUUUUUUGCCUUUGGCCCUCUGAAUUCACCAGUCUGUGUUUUAUGCAGCACAUUCACAAUAGUGGGGGAUGUGUAACAGCCUCCAUGUCCCUCUGCUUCUCUUUUCUCCUGCAGAGGCAAGCACAAUAAACCUUUUUUUUUUUUUUUUUUUUGCAUGGGGAAUUACAGAGUUUGUCUAAUACCUUGUGCUGGUGAGAAGUAAAGUUCCGUACUGAGGAGGCCAGCAAACCAAAUGAUUGGCUGACAGCAGGGGAUUUCCCCCUACUUCCCCCAGUAAUAUAAAGCAGCCUAUGAGGACUCUGCUGAAACUCUUGCGAAGUGUAUUUUACAAAGGCGUACCAGGCAGUGCUGCACAGCCGUGCUUGUAAUGUCGGAGGUAAGUGCCUCAAGCUGAUCCCUUUGUUGAACCAGCUUCUUGGCUGGUAGAAGGUACCCUGCUGCUUUCAGCUGUUUUAAAGAAAGUCGGCGAUAACAAUGCAAAAAAGACUAGUGUCGAAAACGCAUGUAGAAAAACGCAUCCAAUGCCAAAUUCAGAAAUGUGGAAAAGGGACGAGGCUGGUUGCUGACUAACUAGAAGUUCAUCUACAUAAAAUACUGCCCUCUUCUGCCAAGACUGUGUAUUGUUCUGCUACAGAAUUAACAACCAGUGCCUGGAAGAGUCACAUUUAUUUUGCAAGCUCCAGUGCAAGAAAUGUAUUUGAGUGACAGAGUAAACAGAAUCCCAGCCCCACCCCCCCGCACUGUGUUGGAACGUGGGUAAAGGGACCAGCAGGGUGUCAGGAUGCAGCAGCAGGGCCGCAAAACAAGUCUGGGGAGAGUGCUGUAGUGGGGAAGGAAACCCCGGCUACUAGGCAAGUGUCAGAGUCUACUCAGCUUCUCACCUGUUAAUACUGCAGACAGACCAAAAAGAAAGAUAUUAGCAAAUCUUACUUAUCGUCAGCCAAUUUGAGAUCUCUGCUGCCAGCCUCUGUCAACUCUACCAGUGCCCAAACUGUUCUGAUGUAGAACUAGAGACUUCGUUAGCUUCCAGGUGAUCUGAAAAAAAAAUAAAUAAGAUGCUCAGGUUAAUGCCCAGCACUCUGCCAUUAAAUAUACUUUAACAGUUCAUGAAAACUUGAUUAAACAGCACUGAAAGUGAAUGUUGUAGCAGGAGUUGAGCUAUCAUUGUAGUAUUAAAGAUCAUUAUUAAGAUAACAAAGGCAGCUUCCUUGAAAUAAUACUGGAUCUCAUCAUCUGAGGGUAAGGAAGAACCUUUCUUCACUUAGGCAGUGCUGGUUUGUGAAGCUUUCUGUUUAUCCACAAUAAGAACAUGAAAGCAGCUACUAACAUAGUUUACAAGAAAAAAUAAAUCAAUGGAUCGUGUACUGAGCAGAGCCUACAGCAUGUAUUGAAAUGAUUUUUGGAUGUCUUCUUAGCAUAUGUUCUUUCUUCUAACAUGUUUUAUUGAUUAAACAUAUGACGGUAAAAUUGAAAGUGAAUAGAUGUGACCUGUUUAUGUUUACAGAGCACUGAAAAAAAAAAAAAAGUAACCUAAGUUGCUGAGCUAAGCAGCUGCAAUUUAGAAAAUGCCAGAACUGGGUUCCAUAUGGUCUUGUUUAUAUUUGGACAGAGUUACACACGCUCCCGUGUUCUUGCCUCUGCUCUUUACCUUUCCCUCCCUCUGACUUUGACAUUCUUUCCAUCUUAGAUUUGACCCGUGACUUCUCAGCCAGAUGUAGUGGUUUAAAUUUUGCUAGGCCAAGGAUCUACUCCUUUGGGAUGAGCAGUGGCACUUCCUGUUGCUGGGAGAGGACGCGCCAGGUACAGCAACUGCAAACUUCUGUGUAGUGAUUCUUCCACCCUGUCAGCAGGGCCAGCUAAGAGGUUGUGCCUGGAGGUGAAGGUCGGCCAUUUUGGAAGCAUGUUGUGCUACAAGAGCAGGUCCUUGCCUGUUUCAGUACACAGAAAAUAGACAGCUUGUUAGUAGAUGUCUAUUCAGCUCUUAUUUUAGAAUAUUUAGAUGUCUUUGUGAAGACUCCUGCCUAUGCAACUACCUCUGCUUUCUCCUUGCUUAAAGACAGUCCUGGUCCACUCCUUUGUUUUAUUUCCUCCUUCUUCUUCCCACAGACUCCUGCCUAUCUUCCAUUUUCAGUCUUACAUAUAUAUGCUGUCUCUUUAUGACUCUCUGGGCAGGAUGAGGAUGUAGAGGCCAUAAUUUGUGUUUCAGUGCCCAGUGAGGAUCAGCAUUAUGUCUAUUUCAAAUAUUCCCAUUGAGCCUGGAGAAUGGAGGGCAUUGCAUUACAGAAGUGGUGCACGUUUAUCUCUCUGUGCAGAAUAGCUGUGAAUGACUGCCAAACAGUUGGAGCAUGGGGAUCCAUGUGUAAAAAGGAUUUGGAUCCUGUUCCUGGCAAGCAUGCAGACGUUUUCAGAGUUUUGUGAUCUUCUAAAAUACACUUUUAUAGGAAUAAAGCGAAAGUUUUAUUGUUUACAGUUGCAUGUUAAAAUUUUAUUGCAUGAAAUACAGUAUUAAAUAAAAUGCAUAACAG